UACAAGUUACGGAUAGAUGAUUAGGACGUAGCCACUGCAUUUGCGCGGUUGUAUGAGCGGUGCGGGGAUCGUGAAAAUGUCAAAGUUCACGAUCUCCACUCCUGUUGGCUAAUGCCUAUUAAGCAUUGCCUUGUAGUGAAAUAUCAUUUUAUAAUACCCUGUAGUAAUUGUGGUAGUGCUUGCUGAAUGCCUAUUCUUCGUAGAUGAUAGGUAUUAGAUACUUAGUAGCCUGUAGAGUGCUGAGUUGUGUCAUUCGAACAUUUUACGUUUAAAUGAAUUUGUGAUAUGAACAGAGAUUUGUGUUGUGAAAAAUAGAAUAUUUGUUAAAGUGUUUAAUGAACAAUAUGUGAAAUUGUACUAGGAUUUAAAGGUCAUGCUAGGUGCAUUGGCUACAUUUUUUGAGGCAGAAUAUUAAACAGUCAAAAUGCUUAUUAAGGAAUAUAGAAUACCUCUGCCUCUAACAGUAGAGGAGUAUAGAAUUGCCCAGCUUUAUAUGAUAGCAAAAAAAAGCAGAGAAGAAAGUUCAGGAGAAGGUAGUGGUGUAGAAAUUAUUGUGAAUGAGCCUUAUGAGAAUGGUCCUGGGGGCAAAGGACAGUAUACACAGAAAAUCUAUCAUGUGGGAAGUCACUUACCAGGAUGGUUUAAAAGCUUACUUCCAAAGUCUGUGCAAACAGUGUCAGAAGAAGCUUGGAAUGCUUAUCCAUACACAAAGACAAAAUAUACUUGUCCAUUUGUCGAAAAAUUCUCUCUUGAGAUUGAGACUUAUUAUUUUGGAGACAAUGGCCAUCAAGAAAAUGUUUUUAAAUUAAGUGGCAGUGAUUUAAAAAGCCGAAUUGUGGAUGUAAUAGAUGUUGUUAAAGAUCAACUUUAUGGAUCUGACUAUAUAAAAGAAGAAGAUCCAAAACUGUUUGUGUCACAAAAAUGUAAGAGAGGACCUCUUACCGAAUCUUGGUUAGAAGAUUAUUGGAGGGAAGUUCAAGGUAAACCUCAACCUUUGCCCAAUGGUAAAUCACUUAUGUGUGCCUAUAAACUUUGUAAAGUCGAGUUUCGUUACUGGGGAAUGCAAACUAAGCUUGAAAAAUUCAUUCAUGAUGUAGCUCUUAGAAAAACUAUGCUUAGAGCACAUCGGCAAGUAUGGGCUUGGCAAGAUGAGUGGCAUGGUUUAACUAUGGAAGACAUUCGUGAAAUUGAAAGACAGACACAGUUAGCAUUAAAGAUGAAAAUGGGUGGGGAAACCAAUGAAGAAGCAGAACAAAUAUCUGAAGACAACUCUAAAUCUCUAGCAGCAACAAUGAGUAGCCUGGAAAAGAAUGAAGAAUUAGCAACUCCAAUAUCUACAAAAAAGACCAAUACUGAAGUACAUGCCCAAAUACAUUUAUCUCCUGAAGGCUCCCCUGCAACUGAUCAAAAAAGUUCCUCUAAAACUAAUAUCAGGUCCUCAUCUACUGGUUCUCUUAAAAACUUACAAACUCAGGUUGCAAAUUGGAGAAUGGAAACAUUAGUAAGAGAAUCCGAAACAGAAACAGGAUCAGAAGAGGAUGAAUUCUAUGAUUGUGAAAGUUCCUUUAAUAAAUGGUCUUCAUUGUGUUCACUUGAUGAAGCAGAUAUUGAUAUAUCUCCAACUCAAGGUGAUCAGAGUCAAGAAGAUAGCAUUUUUAAUCCUUUAUUCUUAAAAAGAGUGACAUCUGAAAGAGGCUCUCGCAGAAUAAUAGCUUUACAUAGUCAUCCAAGUAUAGAUGGUUGUCCUGAUACACCAGUGCAUGGUUCUUGCCCCACAACUGUCUUAUUGCUUGUUUUUCAUGCUGGGAGUGUUCUUGAUGCUAAUAUUGACAUGACAGCAAGGAAAUCUGAUGUAACUACUUUUAAAGGAGCCUUUGAAUCUGUUAUGCGACAGCAUUAUCCUACACUGGUAGGACAUAUUGCAAUUAAAUUAGUUUCCUGUCCAUCAAUUUGUACGGAAGCAUUGGGAGUAUUGUCCACAUUAAGCCCCUACAGCUUUGACUGUUCACCUUCAACAAUAGAGACACCAUCAUUAACAAAUGAUCUAAUACCUAUUGGUGCAAUACCGUUAAUAGCUAUAUCAUCUCCAGAAUAUUCAGAACAUGUUACUAAAACUAUAGUUUCCGCGAAUGCAGUUUACAAUGAAUUUAUAAAGUCUGAAGAUGGAAAAGGAUUUUCAGGGCAGGUUUGCAUAGUUGGAGACAGCAUGGGGUCAUUGCUUGCCUAUGAUGCUUUAUGUAGAAGUUUACAUUACCAAUCUCGGCAUGAUAGUGAAACUAGUAUAUUGGAUACUGAAAUUUUGAUUCCAAAUGAGCCUACGGAGCUCUAUUUAAACAAGUCGCACCUUCAAGCGCCAACACCCAGGAGGAGAUCUUCUACUGCAAGUGAUAAUCAAACUAAAAUAGAAUUUGAAGUAUCUGAUUUGUUCACAUUUGGUAGUCCAUUAUCCCUUAUAUUAGCAUCAAGAAAAAUUUCUGACGAUAAAACGCGUGAUAUUACGAAACCUCCCGUCCAACAAGUGUAUAAUUUAUUCCAUCCAACAGAUCCUGUCGCGGCCAGACUAGAGCCUUUACUUUCAGCGAGAUUUACGAACCUUCCUCCUAUAAACGUGGCACGAUAUGCUAAGUAUCCUCUAGGUAACGGCCAACCGUAUCAUUUGAUGGAGUUAAUACAAAGUCACCCAACAUUAUUUGGAGAUCAUUUACAAAUGCCUCCAACUCCAAUUUUAAGGAGACUUUCAGAAGCAUCUGUACAAAGUACCGUAAGCGGUCUAGCUGACAAUAUUCCACUUAUAACUAUGAACGCACUUCAACAAAAGUGGUGGGGUUCGAAACGCCUUGAUUAUGCUUUGUACUGUCCUGAAGGCUUAUCAAAUUUCCCCACAAAUGCUUUACCACAUUUAUUCCAUGCUAGUUAUUGGGAAAGCUCGGAUGUCAUUGCUUUCAUAUUACGACAAGUGGGUCAUUUCGAUUUGGCUUUAUAUAGUCACAGCGAAGAUAAAGAUUCAAGCCUGUUCAAUCCAGGCCAAGAUAAAGAAAAAUGGAUCAAGAAAAGAACGUCUGUAAAGUUAAAAAACGUUGCUGCAAAUCAUCGCGCAAAUGAUGUGAUUGUUAAAGAAGGCUGCCCACAGACGUUUACAGCUCGAUUUAUGUAUGGUCCGUUAGAUAUGAUUACGCUAACGGGAGAGAAAGUUGAUAUUCAUAUGAUGAAAGAUCCGCCAGGAGGUGAAUGGACCUUGUUGGAAACCGUUGUGACUGAUAAAACUGGGAGAAUCACUUAUACAUUAACUGAGAAACAAAGUGUUGGAUGUGGGAUAUAUCCAUUUAGAGUUGUGGUUCGAGGUGAUCAUACGAGUUGCAAUUUUCAUCUCGCUGUUGUACCACCUCAGACGGAAUGUGUUGUUUUUAGUAUUGAUGGUUCUUUUACCGCCAGUGUUUCGGUUACGGGUAGAGAUCCGAAAGUACGAGCAGGGGCAGUAGAUGUCGUACGUUUCUGGCAAGACUUGGGAUUUCUGAUACUAUACAUUACCGGUCGCCCUGACAUGCAACAGCGGAAGGUUGUUUCAUGGUUAGCUGAGCACAACUUUCCGCAUGGACUUGUAUUCUUUUCGGACGGACUAUCGACGGAUCCGUUGGGUCAUAAAGCGGCCCACUUGAAUAAUCUCAUCAAUGAACACGGUGUAAUUCUUCACGCUGCUUACGGUUCUGGGAAAGAUAUAAGUGUGUAUUAUAAUUGUGGAUUAACUCAUAAGCAAAUAUAUGCUAUUGGGAGGAUCAGUAAGAAAUACAACAACUUAGCGACGCCUUUGAGUGAAGGUUAUGCAUCUCACUUGGCUGAUUUGAAGCAACCGGGAGCUGUGAGAGCUGCCAGAGGCAAUGCUCGUUUGUUAGUUCCUCGUCGACUUCUUGCUCCCGUAAGUACCGCGUCCGUGGUUAAAGCACGUCGUUAAAAUUUCCUUAUAUUUCCGAGAAUUAUCAUCAUAAAUUAUUAUUUUACUAAGAUAUACAAAAUAUAAUGAAAUCUCUUAUGAUUUUAUAGAAUUUAGUUUUGAAAAACUUAAUGCAAAUAAGUAAAAAAAUAUUCUAUUUUUUCAAUUAAAGUUGAACGUAUUUGAUAUUAACCAUUAUACAUAUUUAGAAUUAUAUAAAAGUAAUGUAAAAAUUAUAUCUCUUGUCACACGUACCUUACUAAUUUAUUCUUAUAUACCUUUAAUAUAAAUUAUUCUGUAGGAAGUUGAUGUACUAGGAUAACUUUCAAUUUUUAACUAAAAAUUGUUGCUGUAAAGUUUUUACUUAUUGCUAAACUUUUAAGGCUGGAAUCUCUUUAUAUCGUGGAUAUUCGACAUGUAUCUAGUCUUGAUAAGAUUUUAUUAUAUUCGUACAAUUGAUCCUAAUUUUGAUCUGUCCUAUUGUAAAAUAAUACUGACAAGUACACUUAAAAGAAUCGCCUGUUGAGUUAUUAAUAAUAUAAAAAUCUGCGUUCACGAGUCUCUCAUUCCAAUAUAUUUAGGGGUUUUUUUGUUUCCAUGAUCAUUUAUAGGAGCUAUUGGAGCUACCUGAACUGAUGUGAAUCAAAUCUAUUCGCUAUUCCGUAGACAAAGCAGUUAGAACAUCUUAUGUAAAUAGAUAAAAUUUUGCUAAACAUAAGUGUUCCUGAAUGUAUUUCGUCUUAGUCACUAAAGAUUAGAAAUGAAAAGCAUUAGUUAUUAAAUCCUUGUUAAACAUUAAAAUAUUUAUUCGAGUUAAGUUUAAUACAAUGUUAUAAACUUUUGCCUGACUACGAUUUCUGCAAUACAAUUUAAUAUUCAGGAAUAUAUUUUAAAGAUCACAAUUUGCUUGCUUAAAGGAUAUUGAAUCUAUAAGUAGUUAUAGUAGAUAUGUACCGUUUAUAUACCGAUUAAAAGCAAUGUAUUUUUUGUUGAAAUCGCAGGCAGGUGAAUAUAUUGAUAUUGGUGUUAAAUGUAGGUUUCUAUAAAAACUAAUCGCCUAUAGGAUUAUUUUAAACGGAAACAAAUCUGACAACAUAUUAUUUAUAAAUAAAUUAUGUUAAUAUAUUCACAAAAAAGUUUGUGAAAUACGCAUAAAGUAUUUUUAUAUAUGUGUGUAAUAAUUAAAAUACAGUCAAAAUCUGAUAUUACGACAUCGAAGGGACUA